GAGAACCCCGGUAUCGGCAACCAGAAAACCUCUCUCUCUCUCCCUCCAUAUUUCCUGUUGUUUCUAUGUUUUUGGGCAACCAAAAUAGGAAGCCAUGGAAGCGAUACUCACAGAACGUGUUCAAAACAGUCUCCGCCUUUUCAUGUUCAAAAACGCCAUCUUCCUUUGCGAACGCCUCUUCGCUGAGUUCCCUUCCGAGGUGAACUUGCAGUUGCUAGCUGCUUGCUACUUGCAGAACAAUCAAGCUUACUCUGCCUAUCAUAUUCUAAAGGGAACACAAACUGCACAAUCCCGCUACCUGUUUGCAAUAUCAUGCUUUCAGAUGGAUCUACUUAGUGAAGCCGAAACAGCUUUAUGUCAUGCUAAUGAGCCUGGUGGAGAGAUCCCAAAUGGUGCAGCUGGUCAUUAUCUUCUUGGACUUAUUUACAGGUACACAGAUAGAAAGAAAAGUGCCAUUCAUCAUUUUAGGCUGGCUUUAUCAAUAGAUCCUUUACUUUGGGCUGCAUACGAGGAGUUGAGUGUAUUAGGUGCUGCUGAAGAAGCAACUGCAGUUUUUGGUGAAGCAGCUGCUCUUUGUAUUCAAAAGCAGUACUUACAUCAAGGGGAAGCUACCCUGCAAAUUUCCAGUGAGGAUUAUAAUUUGGUUUCUUCGCGGAACUUUGCUUCUGAAGAUGCCUGUCCCAGGCAAGUCAAACACACACAAGGAAAUAGCUAUAGAGAUAUUCUUGGUAAUAAUCAUGGAGCAGCUGUGUCGAGUGGAGCUGCUUCUCAGCCCCAAAAUGAUGGUCCUUCACCAUUUUAUAAUACUCCUUCACCAAUGGCUUCACAGUUGUCAGGUGUAGCUCCUCCACCCUUGUGUAGGAAUGUGCAGCCAAAUGGUUCCAACCUCAACAAGGGUAAUACUGAUGGUUCUCCAAGGUCAGUUGUGAACACUACCAUUCAAGCACCUAGAAGAAAGUUUGUUGAUGAAGGAAAAUUACGAAAGAUUUCUGGGAGGCUGUUCUCUAAUUCUGGUCCCCGUCGGAGUACAAGACUCUCUGGAGAUUCUCGGGCAAACACGAAUGCAAAUGCCUCAGUCGUUGCUGGAAAUGGGACUAAUAAUUCUUCUAAGUACCUUGGAAGUUCUAAGUUGAGUUCUGUGGCUCUUCGUAAGGGACAGUCACGAGCGAAUGAAAAUAUUGAAGAAGGGUUAAGGACUGAGGCAGUUGAUGAUGCUCGGGCAAAUAUGGUGCCAGUGACUUCUAGUUCAGUUUCUUCUGGUGAUGUUAGAUCUCAUGGCCAAGAUGGGGCAACUGUUCUGGUUGGUGGGGUUGUUAUUAGUGGUUCAAAAGUCAUAAGUGGUGCUUCAGAAGUAUUAUGCCUUUUAAGAACCCUUGGGGAAGGCUACAGACUUUCUUGCCUGUACAGAUGUCAGGAUGCAUUGGAUACCUAUUUGAGACUUCCACAUAAGCAUUAUAAUACAGGCUGGGUGAUGUCCCAGGUUGGAAAAGCUCAUUUCGAAUUGGUGGAUUACUUGGAAGCUGAACAAGCAUUUAGUCUUGCCCGUCGGGUGUCUCCCUACAGUUUGGAAGGAAUGGAUGUUUACUCCACUGUUCUAUAUCAUUUAAAGGAAGAUAUGAAGUUGAGUUACUUAGCCCAAGAACUGAUAUCAACUGACCGCUUAGCUCCUCAAUCAUGGUGUGCCGUGGGAAACUGUUACAGCUUGCAGAAAGACCACGAAACUUCUCUGAAAAAUUUCCAACGAGCUGUGCAACUGAAUCCAAGAUUUGCAUAUGCGCACACCCUUUGCGGUCAUGAAUAUGUUGCUUUAGAGGAUUUUGAGAAUGGAAUCAAGAGCUACCAGAAUGCACUCUGUAUUGAUUAUAGGCAUUAUAAUGCCUGGUAUGGUCUGGGAAUGAUCUAUCUUCGUCAAGAGAAGUUUGAGUUUUCAGAGCAUCACUUUGGAAUGGCUUUCCAAAUAAAUCCACGCUCUUCUGUUAUAAUGUCUUUUCUUGGAACUGCUCUUCAUGCCUUAAAGAAAAGUGAGGAUGCUAUCGAGAUAAUGGACAGGGCCAUUCUGGCAGAUAAGAAGAACCCUCUUCCCAUGUAUCAAAAGGCUAAUAUACUGAUGAGCUUGGAGAAAUUUGAUGAUGCUUUAGAAGUUCUGGAGGAUCUUAAAGAGUAUGCCCCUCAUGAAAGCAGUGUGCAUGCUUUGAUGGGUAAAAUCUUUAAGCGGCGUAACAUGCAUGAAAAGGCCAUGCUUCAUUUUGGUAUUGCUUUGGAUUUGAAACCAUCUGCAAUCGAUGUUGCUACAAUUAAGGCUGCCAUUGAGAAGUUACAUGUACCGGAUGAAUUAGACGAUAACCUUUAAAUCCACGGGAGUUUGAAUAAGCAAGGUGGAAAGGGAUCUCCUGUAAACUUUCUGGCUAAGAACAUGUUUGCGCAGAGUGAUUGGCCUUGCUUGUGCUUUCGGUUGGUGCUGAAUAAAAUGGUAACAAAUUUUUGAUAAGAUCAAUUAGUUUGUGCAGCCAGAGCUGAUAGGCAGAUAUUAUGAAAGUGACCCCAGUUUUGUGGGUGAUUCGCAUACUGAGAGUAUUUGAUUAACAAACUAGUGAACUGAAAGCUGCCACACUUGUAUUCCAUAGUUGUAUUAUCAUGCUGACAACAAGGGCUUGUACCAUUAUCUUUAUAGCUUCUACUUGUUUGUAAUUUGCUUUACCAAUUCAUUGAGGCAACAUGUAAUUCAAGUGUUCGCUCGUAACUUCAUUU